AUGACAGCCAAAGAAGCUAUAGCGUGGACACGAAUUUGUCGGCCUGGUUCAGUAAUAGGUCCUCAACAAACAUGGUUAGAAAGUAUGCAGAAAGAAUUACUUUUUAGUGGCCAGCAAUAUCGGAUGAAGCACUUUGGUGAAGUUGAUAAAAUUUUUCACCAUAAAUAUGGAGUGUACUCAAUAGUCCAAAAAAUUGAGCGAAAAAAUAAUAGUGUGAAAUUACCAAAAAAUUUAACUUUCCGGCAAUACUUCAAACUUGAUAGCGUUGAAAAAAAUAAAAGUGAUGAUGAUUUAUCAUGGAAACGUAAACUAUCUAAUAAUGAUAUGUCGAUAAAAAAUAAACAGCUCAAAUUUAUUAAUUUCUUCGGUACCAAUGGUUCUAUUUGUGAUUACAUAGUGAGAAAAUUUGGUGGUUCAUCGGAAAGAGAAUCAACGUCAUCUGAAAAGCAAACUGACAAAUCGCCUGAUUCAAAGUUGGGAAAACGAAAUUCAACGGAUGAAUUGACAGCCAAUCAAAAUAAUUAUACUUAUGCCGGUGUUAUUAUUCAUAAAGCUGACUAA